AUGGCAUCUACAGAUGUUGCGGAUGCAGAAGCAGGGGCUAGGGCUUCUUCACGUGUUGCGGAUGCAAAAAAAAAGGAGAGGAUUAAGAGAGACUUGACUGAAGGCAUCACCGGAAGUUGGGAAAGUGUAGUAAAGAUAUACGAGGAGCAUCCAGAAGCUCACACGAUGAAGAUCAGUAAAUUAGAGAACACUGCAUUGCAUAUAGCGGUGGAAAGCCGGCGAGGAGACACAGUUGAACAGCUAGUCGAACAGAUUACUAAGAGUACUACGGAAAAGCCUGAGGAUGUUCUCUCUAAAGAAAAUGAAAGAGGGAAUACUCCCCUCCAUUGGGCAGCUUCAUUGGGAAACAUUGAGAUGUGCAAAUGCAUCACCGGUGAGUAUAAACAACUGUUGCGUAAACGCAACAAGGAGUCUGAAACGCCUCUUUUCUUGGCAGUUCGCCAUGGUAAGAAAGACGCUUUCCUUUGGCUCUAUAAAGAGUUCGAGGACGACACAAAAGCGCAUGAGUGCUGUGGAAUCGAGGGUGGAGGCACUGUUCUGUACUGCGCCAUUGAAGGAGGAUAUAUGGAUCUCGCAUUUCAAAUCAUUCAAAUGGAUGAAAAUCCGAAUCUCAAGGCCAAGCAUCUCAUGGACUACUUAGACAAUGAAAAGUCUACACUACAUCUCCUAGAUGAGAAACCUACUGCAUUUAGAAGCGGGAUUCAUCUCGGCUUGUUCAAGAAAAUCAUUUAUAAUUGUAUAUUUGUUGAAGAACUCAUCCCAGAGACUUCACUCGAGAGCCCCCAACAUCCAAAGAACUAUCAAACCUGUAUCAACUUCUUUCAAAAGCCAUGGCAGAUGAUUAAACUACUAGGUGGUGUAGGGACCCCUCCCCCGAUGACAAGUGGCGCACACCUCUACCCAGAUCGACCCUAG